CUUACUUUAGAGGAGCAAGCAGCAACAGGUCCACCUCCUGAAUGCAAGCUUUUGGAGGAUUCUGCGCCGGUAGCGUAAGACAAAGAACUGAGAUCAAGACAAAGAGACAAACCGUGUUUCAUGAAAAGAAGCGUUGUUGAAGAUAUUGUGUUGUAUUCACUCCGCAGCCUUAGAGGUGUCCGGGUGAAUCAAGUUCACACUGACAGGAUUGAGUCAGUAGCCAGAAGCAGCUCUUUGCCAUGGAGGCUAUGCAUGCGCUGGACAGCUGGAGAAAGGAUCUUAAUGUGUCGCAAGGAGCUGUGGACAGCUCAGUGGACAUGGACCGCCUGAACAGUAACAUGCCUGAGUGUGGACGGCAAACCCACCAGGUGUUACAGAGCACUCCUCUGGACCUGAUUGAGAAUGGAAAGGGGCUGAAGUUCCAGGCAGCACGCCCCCACCUGGUCAGCCUGGGUAGUGGACGACUGAGUACAGCCAUCACCCUGCUGCCUCUGCCUGAGGGCCGGACAACACUGGGUCAUGGUCCCAUGGACAUCGCCAUCCAGGGCCCUGGGGUGGCUGCCCAGCACUGCUACAUAGAGAACAGGUCAGGGGUCAUCACGCUGCACCCCUGUGGGAACCUCUGUACUAUUGACGGGCUCCCGGUCACAAAGCCCGUCCGCCUAUCACAAGGCUGUAUGCUGUGUUUUGGCCAGUCAGCCUUCUUCCGCUUCAACCACCCUGAAGAAGCCUACAGGAUGAAGAGCAUGGUGCCCCAGGGAGGAGGUGUCUCCACCAGGGACUACAGACUAUGCCCAGACUCAGAGAGCUUCGUCAAUGGGAAUCACCAGGCCAGUCCAGCCCAGUCUCCUCCAGCUCCUGGAGAGAGAGUGCAGUCUGAGCACAGUGCAAUCGUCAGCUCUAUUGAGAAGGACCUCCAGGACAUCAUGGACUCCCUAGUCAUGGAUGACCCCCAGCCUUCUUCCUCAGAGGGCAAAAAUCCUCCUGGAGGCCAACCCAUUCCCCACUCCCCCCUGUCGCCCAUGGUCAAUGGAGGUGGCCGCUAUCUGCUAUCCCCUCCUACCAGCCCAGGGGCCAUGUCCGUUGGGUCCAGCUAUGACAAUACAUCCCCUCCCUUCUCUCCCCUCUCCUCCCCCUCAGCGGCUAGCAGUGGGAGCUUUACAAGCCCGUCUCCUAGUGGAGGACCCCAGGACCAGAGUUCCUCUCUGCCGCCAGUGCCUGUACGCUCCUCCAGCUACAACUUCACCGCCCAGCCUCCGCCUGUACCCCAGCCACGGACCAUACUGCCUAACUUCAGCAGCGGUGGGGUGGGCCACAAGGUUCAGGAAAGCCCCAGGCUGCAGAGGAAGGUUUUAACAGAGGCUCCUCUGAGCCCUAAGCCAAGCCGUAGAGGACUAGGCCAAGAUGGGUCCGAGAGCCCCCGGCUGACUUUUCUGUCCUCUAAUGAAUCUCUCAGUAGUAGAAACAUUGUGCCAAGUAGCCCCAGACUCACUCCCAAAUUCCCUACCUGUCCAUCUCCCUCUAGUCCCAGGACCAAGACAACGACAGUGCUCCAGGAGAGACCUGCCAGCCCUUUCAGAGAGCAGACCAGUCUAGCUGAUAGUGCCCUGACCUCCAGCCCCUCCAGGCAGUUUUCCCAACCCACCAGAGCCUUCCAGCCUCCCUUGGACCCCAUCGUCCACAUCAUCCAAGGGUCGCCUCUUCAGCAGCAUCCACGUUCGUUGCAGCCCCCUGAAAGCCCUCGCAUGGUCAGGAGAAACAUGGAGCUGAAUGGCGGCAGUGGAGGGGGCAGCAGUAUGAGAGAGUUGCCACCUCUUAGCCCCUCCAUGGCUCGGAGAGGGGUCCCGGUACUCCCAGGGGCGCUUCCCGGGACAAUCCCCACCUUGAGAACUCCAGAAAGCCCCUCAAGUCUGGGCAAGCUUAUCCCAGAGAGCCCCAGGCUCCGACGCAAGACCGGAUCUACAUCCGAGGAGCCAACAUGCAGCAGGGGGGUCCGAGCCCGGAGUCCGUCGCCUACCUCUAUAAUGAUGGAGGGUGGUGGUGGUGGUGGUGGUGCGGGAGUACGGAAGGCAAGCUUUGGGAAUUCCCUGUCGCCUGCUUACAGUCUGGGCUCUCUGCCUGGCUCAUCCCCCGUAGCCAGUCCCAGGACCCAAAGGAAGAUGUCCGCAGGGAGACCACACCCUGGGAUGAGGGAGAGAAAGAACAGCAUCACAGAGAUCAGCGACAACGAGGACGAGCUGCUGGAGUACCACCGACGACAGAGAGAGGAGAGGCUUCGAGAGCAGGAAAUGGAGAGACUGGAGAGACAGCGACUUGAGACCAUCCUAAACCUCUGUGCUGAAUACAACAAAGGAGAGAGCCCCGGCCUGGACCCCCUGGGCUCAGGGAGGACAGGUUUCCCCGGGGGACUGGGAGAUGGCUCAGGGCGGAGACCGUCCAUGGAGAAUGUCCUAGGAGGGACACCGUCCUCAGCCACUCUCCGCCUGCUGCAGAGACAGAGAGAGAGUGAUGAGGAGAACCUGAAGGAGGAGUGUAGUAGUACAGAGAGCACUCAUCAGGAGGUGAGGACAUCCCCUGCUCUCAGCACAGCAUCAACACUGCACAAUGGAGACAGACAGCACGAGGAGUCUUCCAGUUCAGGCAGCGCAGGUCGUCUGGAGCUGGGUUACCUGGAAGACGAGCGGGUUCGCGUUCUCUCUCGAAUUGAUGAGCUUAAAAGCCGGCUUACGGAGCUAGAGCAACAACUCCAGGAGUCCAAGCAAGAGGCCGAGAUGGAGCGUGCCUUGCUGCAGGGCGAGAGGCAGGCGGAGCUCGACCAGAUAGAGGCUGAAACGGACAUCAUCACUCAGCUGCAGCACAAGCUGGACGAGCUGGAGAGCACCAUCCAGAGGGAGAAAGACAAGGAGAGGGCUAAUGUUGAGGCCGAGCGCCGGGCCCUGCAGAGCCUCCAGGAGGGCUACGCUGAGUUGGAGAACCAGCUUCAUAACUGUCCCGAGUCCCUGCGGGAACAGUUACAAGAACAGCUCAAGAGGGACGGAGAGGCACUGGAAACAGGAACCAAAAAGUUUGAGGACUUGGAGUUUCAGCAGCUGGAGAGAGAAAGCAGCCUGGAGGAGGAAAGAGAAACCAUCAGCCAGCAGCUGCUCCAGGAGAGAGCGGAGUACCACAGCAGUGUAGCCAGGAGGAAGGAGAAGGUGUCUGCUCUGGAGAACCAGGCCCACCAGCUUGGACUGCAGGCAUCUCAGGAAUGCGAGCGGCUGGCCAAAGACCGGACCCUCACACUACAAAUGCUCCAAAAGGAGAAGGAGAGGCUGUCGGCCCUCGAAAAGAGAUACCACAGCCUGACGGGUGGAAAGAGCUUCCCCAAGUCCUCUUCUGCUAUGAGAGAAGAAGCUCUCCGUAUCAGCGAGGCUGACCUGUUGUUGGAGGAUGUCCACUCCUCCCAGCAUUCCCUCUGUCGAGCCUCUCCUUCCUACUUACACCCCUCCCCUCUCUGUCAGUUGUACCCCAGCAGCCCUACGGAGGAGUACAUGAAGCUGUCAGAUGUCUAUAAGAUGUACGGCAGCAGCGGCCUCCAUGAAAACAGCAAGCCCGCUUCUCACGGCCGCUUGUUUGCCAUAGAUGCUGCAUUAGCUGGCCCCUGCGAGGAGUAUGUGACAGUGGGCCAGCUAAAUCAGAUGUAUGGGAUGCCAAAGGUGGAGUCGUCCCCUACUUCCCCGCUUCGCCAGCCCCUGCUGUCUGGAGCAGUAGACCCCGCCUUCUCCUGCCUCCCCUCUCCUCACGGCUCCUCCCUCUCUCUUUCUGUGGAGUACCAGUCUGAGGCUAGUAGGCCUCACCUCCCCAAGCUAGAUUUAGAGCAGUGGUACCAGGAGCUGAUGACUGGCUCCAGCCAGCUCUGUCCUUCUCUGCCAGCCAAGUCACUGUCGGGCCGCAGGCCUGUGCUGCAGGUGUUCCGCUCUAAGCUGGACAGUGAUCCAGGCCUCGCUCUUCAUCAACCUAAAUCAGGCUCUGCAUCCCCUCUGCAUCACGGCGCAGCAACACUGGGACGCAACUCAAGCUCAAAGAGUCCCCUGCUGGCGGCCAACAGCACUGGCAGUCUGCCCAGGAACCUGGCUGCAACCCUGCAGGACAUUGAGACCAAGAGACAGCUGGCUCUGCAGCAGAAAGGUCAGCAGGUGAUCGAUGACCAGCGUCGCCGUCUGGCUGAGCUCAAACAGAGAGCAGCGGUGGAGGCUCAGUGUCAAUGGGAAGCACUCCACGGUUCUCAGUCGCACCUCAUUACCUCGUCCUCCUCAUCGCCCUCCUACUCCCCAAUCAUGGCCUACAGCCACAGCUCUGUUGGUCCCCCCCCUCUGGUUCACCACUCCAUCCUGCACCACCAGCCCCCAUCAGCUGGGGAACAGCCCUACGACACCCUGAGCCUGGAGAGCUCCGACAGCAUGGACACCAGCGUGUCCACAGGGAACAACUCUGCUUGCUCCCCAGAUAACAUGUCCAGUGUCGGAGGAGUGGACUCGCAGAAGAUUGAAGAGAUGGAGAAAAUGCUAAAGGAGGCGCAGCUGGAGAAAGCUAGACUUAUUGAAUCGCGGGAACGAGAGAGCCUGGCUCGGCGUCAGAUGCUGGAGGAGGAGAGGAGGAGGAGAGAGGAUGCGGAGAAAAGACUGCAGGAUGAAACUUUCCACCGGCAGCAGCUAGUGGAGAGGGAGGUCAAGAUGAGGUCCAAGAACUUCUCUCAGGCCCGUCCUAUGACUCGCUACCUUCCCAUUCGGAAGGAGGAGUUUGACCUGCGCUGCCAUGUUGAGUCGUCGGGCCACAGCGUGGAGACGUGCUACCACGUCAUCCUCACGGAGAAGAUGUGCAAGGGCUACUUGGUGAAGAUGGGGGGCAAGAUCAAGUCCUGGAAGAAGCGCUGGUUCGUCUUCGACCGCCUGAAAAGGACCUUCUCCUACUAUGUUGACAAACAUGAGACCAAGCUGAAGGGUGUGAUCUACUUCCAGGCAAUAGAAGAGGUCUAUUAUGAUCACCUCCGCAGUGCCACAAAGAAGGGAUUUUUCAACUUGAAUAUGACCAGUAGCCCGAACCCCUCCCUGACCUUCUGCGUUAAGACCCACGACCGGCUCUACUACAUGGUGGCCCCCGCAGCAGAGGCCAUGAGGAUCUGGAUGGAUGUGAUCGUCACGGGAGCAGAGGGAUACACACAGUUUAUGAACUGAGAGAGCAGAAAUCUUCGUCAGGGACUCUCCCAUCACAGACUCUACAGGCCCUUCCUGUUUCCAGUCCACAGCGGACACAACGCCUUGUUACUUUUCAUUUUUAAUCUCACACUUUGAUUUUACUAUGUAGAUGUUUUCACCUCCACAUUUUUCUACGCGAGUCAGUUUGGAUUGAAAAAGGGAGCCGUUGGAGGACACACACAUCUGUAUAUAAACCAAAAUGUAUACCUGUCAAAGACUUUUAAAAAGCCUUUCUAUAUUGCCAAAUGGAGAUCUUGUAGUUACUGUUUGUUGAACCUUUUGUAUUAUUUGUUUCCUUUCUUUAUUUUUAUUUUUUACUUAUAGACAGAAUUGCCAAAUGACAUAAUGCCAAUGUUUUGUUUGAGUGUUCCAUCAUGACUAUGCUCAGUUUAGACAGAAAGAGUAAACAAUAAUCGAAAGGGUUAAUUAAUCAAUUUAUAAAUAUAUUUGAAAGAAUUUUUAUUCAAAAUGUAUGAAUGAGAAAUAAUAGAAAUCAGUCAACAGGGAUUGAAGAUGAUCUAAGAGUCCAGAGUAACCGGGAAACACAGUAAAACAUUGCACCCAAACCACAAGUCACUACACCUCAGUGCUGCUCUUAGACUGACUAACUCUAAAUCUACAGCAUGUUAAGGUAUUCUGAGCGACAUCCUAGUCAUAGUACUUCACAUAGACUUACCAAAGUAAUUGUAGGUAUUUCGUUAAGACUGACCCGCUACAGCUCAGGAGUUCACUCUGCAGUUCUCACUAUGGUUCAACCAGUACAGGGUUUGAAAAGCUGGUAAUGAUAUUAUUAUUAUGAGCUGAUCAUAAACAUUAUUCUGUGCAGUAUUUAGGAAAUAAAAAAUAAAAUGAAAUAAAAACUUCUACUUUACGCAGAAUAAUGAAAUACCAUAAAGAUUAGCAUAUUAGUUUGACUUCUUUUAUUGGAAACCCACUAAGUUCCAUCUAGCUGUAUUUUAAACAUGAAGCUAGAGCUAGGAGAUGGUUAGCUUAGCAUAAAGACUGAAAGCAGGGGGGAACGGCUAGCCCUGGCUGUGUCCAAAGGUAAAAAUAUCUUCAGAGCUCUUCUAAAGCUCACAAAUGCUAAUUAUAUAUCUAAUUUGUUUAAUCGGCCAGUGAACUUUACCGGUGCUUCCAGUCUUUAAAGCUAAGCCAAGCUUACAGGUUCCUGGCUCUAGUUUCAUUCUCUAAGCUCUAGCUGAUUUCUUUUGCCAAAGGUAAGAUGAGAUGAUUGAUACCACUCUCAGAUAUCUGUAUGCUAAAUAUGAAGCUACAGGCAGCAGCUGGUUAGUUUAGCUUAGCAUAAGACUAGGAGACAGCUAGCCUGGGUAUGUUCCAAUAUACUCUAAUUCAUAUGUCUAGCUUGUGUAAUUGGUAGGUAUCUUUCGACCGACAGGCUAGCCACUUCCCCCUUGCUUCUAGUCUUUAUGCUAGGCUAAGCUAACGGGUUUCCAUCAAAUCCCCACAAUUCUUAAAAAGAAAAGUCUCUGCUCUAUCUGCUUCCAGCCUUUCUGCUAAGCUAGGCUGUACAUGCCAGACUCAACAUGCCUUUAAAGAAUUUCCAAAUUUCUAACAAGUUUUUAUGUAAUAAAAAAGUGAGGAGGUCACUCCCCGGAUAUCCAUCACUCAGAAGUUGACUCCCUAAAAACCCAGUGUAUUGAUUUAACCACAGCUGCCACAUUCUCAGUGUACAUGUAAAUAUGUUGAACAUUAUCUCACUGUCUCUGUACGAUGCCGCCAUGUUGCAAACUGCAUAUUCAUGUGUGCACAGGUACAAACAGAAAAAUAUCAUCUAUUUGCCAAGUAGCCUUUAGCUAACUUGAUGAGGCGAAAACACAGCUGGGAAGCAGCCAUCAUCACUGCCAGCCUAAAGCAGCCACCGCUAGAGUGCGCAACAGAGACCACACCGGAUCAACAAUACGGACUAAUGCAAAUCUCAACUGUGCCUUGACUAUGUGUUAUUGUGGAUCCCGUGUCUGUGAGUCCAGCAGAGCCUCGCUGGAAGGCUACAAUCGUAUGAACGCAUUUUUAAUUAGUUUCUGAGCUGUAAUGCAGUACAGGUUCACAUUACAGAUACUGAAGGCCCUGAGCACAGUGGGGAUCAGCUAGUUCACUGUCAAGUUAUUUAAGGAGCACUCCCCUAGUUUUUCAGUUCACUGUUGUUGAAGGCUGAGGGUUAGGGUUAGUUGGAUAAUGUCUUCUAAUGUCUUUGUUGAGUGUGUCAUCAUUGAGCAUGGAAACUACAAAUUCUUAACGGAAAGCCUGCGUUACAAACCAGGGGCAUGGAGGUUGUGUGUUUACCAGUUAGGAAGAAUCUAAUAAAAGACACAGGUUGCAUAAUGGGAAAUGGACUCUUAAGAGUAAAAAUCAAGAUGUCUCGACCAUUGCUGUUGCUGCAGUUCGUCUCUGUUCCCCCAACUUGCGAUACUAAAUAGCUGGAGUGCUCCUUUAAAUUUUAAAGAAAAAAGUGUGUUUAGCAUGUGCAAAAAGAGUUUGAUCUCCGACAAAUGUCGCCAUUAUUUGUACAUUCAGUUGCGGGGUUAACUCAUCACUUCGCAUUUUUCAUAAUUAUGGGUUCUUAGAUGUGGCAACAGACAUGGUAACAGGAGACUAAAUAGUCUCUGGAAAUUUAACCCUAGCCAGAUCAUUCAAACAUCUGUUUACUCAUUUUUUAUUUAAUACCACAACUCUGAAUUCCAACAGUGAUAAAAUCUUGACUUCUAGCUUUAAAUCCCCACUGUGAGCGGAGGCCUGCGUGCAUGAGGGUGGAUGAAGAGAUGUUGUACUUCAACAUACUGUAACUGACCAGGCUCUCCUGGUGUCUUCGUCGUCAAGUGUUUAUCAUCACAUUGUGAGUGUAUUGAUUGGCUGUGAACAUGACCAUUUGUAGUUAGCAGAUGCCGGAUGCUGUUGUCAAUUUUGUAGAAGCGGCGUACAAAACUACGCUGUGAUUUUCGGAGCAUGUGGAACUGUUGUUUAGUUUCAUGUGUUGGUACAGUGAUGAUAAUUUAUAGUUGUGGUGCCUGAAAUAGUGACAUGUUUACUUCUAAAAAACAAAAAGACUAGUGAAAAGACCUUAAUAUAUUCUGUCCCCCCUUGCCUUUACUUUCCUUGCACAGCUAACAUGUGCAAACCAAACUAUUCAACACUGGCAAGGCUGUUAAAUCAUGUCUGUUGAUAGUCGGUGGUAUAUACAUUACUGUUAUCUAUGUUGAUGAGAAAGGAAACUAAAUAUGUAAAGAGGAUGCCCAAAUGAAAAAAAAAUAUCUUGCUAUUGAAAAGAGAUGAAACAGUAUUGUAUGAAAAGAAGUACACGUUUUACUUAUUUUUGUCAUUUUAGAAAUUUUAUUGUCAGUUACAUUUCAAAAAUUGUAUGGUAGUGAUGUAUCAGUCUACCUUUUUUAUUUUUAUUUACUGGUACAGCAGAACAUACACACACUCAACUCACCAAGCAUUCAUGAGACUGUCUUUUUUUUUUUUUUCCUUCUAGAAAGUAGAUCCUGUUUCACUCUCUCACUCUCACACACACACACACACUCUCUCACACACACAAACACAACCUCGUACCAUACUGCGUUAUUGGUACCCUGUAUGUCUCAUGCGUUACGUUCACGUAUGAGUAAUAUGGAUUUUGUCAAAUCUAUUAAAAACAGAACUAUUACA